AUGGAUAUAGGUAGGUGUGAAGGAAAAUUCGAAAGUUUUUAUUUCGAGAGGGCGACUGGCACAUGCGAAAGAUUUGAAUAUUCUGGAUGCGGAGGAACAGCCAAUCGAUUCCAUACCAGAGAACAUUGCGAAGAAGUUUGCCUAAGAUCUUCUGCACGCGAAUUGGCGCCUGUAGAUGUUUCUGCACCUGAAAUUGGAUCACAAGAUCUCGAACAUAGCGAUGAAAUAAAACACGGAAAACCUUCGUCAGCAUGCGAAGAAAUGAAAGAUACUGGUCCAUGCGACAAAUUUGUCACUAAAUGGUAUUACAAUAAAGAAGACGGUACGUGCAAUCGUUUCCAUUACGGUGGCUGUGAAGGAACUUCGAAUCGUUUCGACAAUGAACAGCAGUGUAAAUCAACAUGUGGUGAUUUUGCAGGGUACGCACUGGAGUGA